AUGAAUAAAAAGUCGUCCUUCUCAUCUCUACGAGAGUAUGGACUUAUCGCGCGCGGAGGCUCCUCGUUAGGAAGGGCCUUUCUUCAUCAUAUCUUCUCCCUCGCCUAUGGGUCUGAUCAACAAUAUAACCACGAAAGGUUUGGAGUGAUUGGACGCCUCUUGCCAUGGUUAGGUUUAAUCAACCUUCCGGCUGUGCAGCAGGUGCACCGAAACAUCAAUUGUUGGACAAAUGACCAGGUGAUGGCAUGGAAACAAUCAACGUUUGAAAGUUGUACUACUGUGGCGGUUGUGGGUGCUAUCUUCACUAGCAUUACUCUUAGUGCGUUGUCACUACCUAAACUCGAAGACUGUCCAUGGACAGCCAAAGCAUUUAUCGUGGCUAGCAUGAUAUUAGCCAUUCUAGCUGUAGCAGAAGCCACGUCAUUACAACAGAAGAUUGCUGGUCUCAGCGGUCAUCUAGAUGUUCGGCUUUGGCUCAGUCGAGGCACAUCGGCCCAUUCACAUUUAUAUCGUCUAAUGAAACCUUUUCAUGUGUUCCCAUUGGAGAGUUCUGUUGCAUCUGUCGAGGCUGUGCGGAUGCCAAGACUGUACGUCUUUUUCGCAGGGUGGGUUUUUGCAGUCGGUAUGGGCAUAUAUCUGGCCUGGCAAUGGGUGAAUGAAACCGACAUCCUGACCCGGGUUAAGCACAGAAAUGUUUUUAUUACUUUCGCAGCUAUCAUAAGUGGCUUAUUCGUCCACGAUAUCUGCCUUUCAGUUUUUGAGGCGCGUGACCAGGAGAAAAGAAUUAAGGAGUUUGGUAUGAACAAUACUAAUGUAUACUCAAUCUCGGACGAACUGCGAACUCUUGAGAAUAUCCUGAAAGAGUUACAGAUGUUAAAUGAGAGGCGAGACGAACAGGUCAGUGGACCAGAGGUCUUCGAAAACCACAUUAUGUCCUUGCGUAGUGAUCUUGUCCAUAGCAAGAACUAUGCCGAGCUACUAGGUCGUCAGCAAGUUGCAUUGGUCGAAUGUAUAUGGCAUCUUUACCAUCAACUGUGUGUAGAAAUUGUGAAUCGAGAUGAAAAUCUUGCAACUCAGUUAGAGUCAAAAGCCUCAUUAAACGAUAUCUUUGGGUAUCUAGGACUCGAGCCCAUAGAUGACAAUAGUUCCCAAUCCUCUGAACAAACAGCGCAGAAACUGGAGUUAGGUGGCGAAGAGUCUCUACCAGAAUCUCCAUAUUCACGCUCAAGUGUUGACAGUCUCAAACUGCCAUCUACCCUCCAGGAUUUGAAUAUAUCUUAUCCACCGCAGGCACACAGCAGCCCAGCCUACAACUUUCAAGGAGUUGAAAAGCCAGCGUUCGAUUCCUUCAAGCUAACAGAGGCGCUGUUGCAGGAUGGUGGUACCUCUGAGCUCUCUGGGCUACCAGCUUCUUGGCUACUUGAUAAGCAAGUUUCGCAGUCGCCAUUCUCAUUUCCAGAAAACGGAACAGUGUGGAACUUUGACGCGAUCACCGAGUCUCAAGCUCCAGAGUGGGAAAAGAUGAGACUUUGCAAGACUGUGGUAUGGGAUGAUUCUUCCAGCGCAAAUUACGACAGAGACGGCUUGUUCUCUCCGACGUUUCCAUACUGUUGA